AUGCUGCAGCCCACAAGAUGCUUGAUAGCUUAUUCAAAUGAGCCAGCCGCUCACGAAUGCAGUCCUCAGAGCAACAGUAAUAAUUCGCUGGACUGGACGGCCUUUGAUGACCUAUCCGAAGGCGCCCGAAUGACUCAACGUUCACGAGAUGCCACCUUGGAUAUCUUUCAUCCUGUCGACAUGGAAAAUGUUCGAGUUUGGAAUGAUUCGCAAGAAUCAUCACUUCUGAUAACCUCAUCCUCUCCAAAUUAUGAGGAAACUAUAGAUCACAUGAUGGCACACAUGCCUCUCGGAUCACCACCUUUUGUUAAUCAAAUUCUCUUGUCUCAGACGCUUCUUCUCAGUGAUAGUAGCCUGACUUUGGGCUACGAGGAAUGUGAAGCUCUGGGACACUAUCAUGAUGGGUUUUGCUUGGCACAUACCUACAAGCUUGCCGCGUGGUCUUUCCCUGUCUUCCUCCUGCGAAAGAUCUCUUACAGUUCUGUCGCUAUACGUUGUGCCCUGGCUGUGUCACUCUAA